CUUCUCCAUCACAUUUAAUUCUAGAAGAUAAGGUGAAAGAAACCUUACCUUUUUCAUAGUAAAAUGUAGCUACUCAGGAAUAAUGAAGGGGACACCAUCAGAUCAGGUGUGCAGUCAUACCAUGUCCUGUAUGGCAAAUCUAUGAGUGGGUUGUCUCAGUUUCAACUGGAAGGCAUCUAUAUGUUCUUGUAUUUGUAGACCUGAAAAAUGUCUGAAAAUUCCAGUGACAGUGAUUCAUCUUGUGGUUGGACUGUCAUCAAUCAUGAGGGGUCUGAUGUAGAGAUGGUGAAUUCUGUCACAGCCAGUAACAACUGUGAGCUUACUCCAGAAUGUUCAUCCUUAGAGCAAGAGGAGCUACAAGUAUUGCAGGUAGAACAGGGAGAAAGCAGCCAACAUGGCACAGUGUUAAUGGGAGAAGCUGCUUAUCCAGCUUUGGAAGAAACCAAGUCAGCAAUUGAGGCAGAGGAAGAAAAGUCAUCUGAAGACAAUGUCGGUUUUGGAACUGCCAGUGACGAUUCUGAUAUUGUUACCCUUGAGCCACCAAAGUUAGAAGAAAUGGGAAAUCAAGAAAUAAUCAUUGUUGAAGAAGCACAGAAUCCAGAAGACUUUAACAUGGGCUCUUCCUCUAGCAGCCAGUAUGCAUUCUGUCAGCCAGAAACUGAAAGGUGGUGGGAGAAGCUGUGGAAGAUUCCUGAAUGCAUUUGGGGAUGGGAUGAUCAGCUGAAACACCAUGUUCCUAGCCAACUCGCUUUCCAAGUAUUUUCAUCUCAGCCUAGUGACGAUGAAUCAAGUAGUGAUGAAACCGGUAAUCAGCCCAGUCCUGCCUUUAGACGACGCCGUACCAGGAAGAAGACUGUUUCUACUUCAGAAUCUGAGGAACAGCAACUUACUGCACAAGAAACUGAACCAUCUAAGGAGUUGAGUAAACGCCAGUUCAGUAGUGGUCUCAAUAAGUGUGUUAUACUUGCCUUAGUGAUUGCAAUCAGCAUGGGAUUUGGACAUUUCUAUGGAACAAUUCAGAUUCAGAAUCGUCAACAAUUAGUCAGAAAAAUACAUGAAGAUGAAUUGAAUGAUAUGAAGGAUUAUCUUUCUCAGUGUCAACAGGAACAAGAAUCUUUUACAGAUUAUAAGUCAUUGAAAGACAACCUUGCAAGGUGUUGGACCGUUACUGAAGCAGAGAAGAUGUCCUUUGAAACUCAGAAAAUGAACCUUGCUACGGAAAAUCAGCAUUUAAGAAAAUCUCUGGAGAAGGAAGAAAAAGCCUUGUCUUCAUUACUGCAAGAGUUAAGCAAACUAAGAGAACAGAUUAGAAUAUUGGAAGAUAAAGGAACAAGUACUGAAUUAGUUAAAGAAAAUCAGAAACUUAAGCAAAAUUUGGAAGAGGAAAAGCAGAAAAAACACAGCUUCCUUAAUCAAAGGGAGACCCUAUUGGCAGAAGCAAAGAUGCUAAAGAGGGAACUGGAGAGAGAACGACUAAUGACCAUGACUUUAAGGGUGGAACUCCAGCAACUAAGUGCUAGUCAGACACAUGGCAACUCAGAUUCUUCCAGUGUAUUAACUGAACAAAAGGAAAUAGUAAUCUUACGGGAAAGACUCACUGAGCUGGAGCGGAAGCUUAACUUUGAACAGCAGCGUUCUGAUUUGUGGGAAAGACUGUAUGUUGAGGCAAAAGAACAAAAUGGAAAACAAGAAGCUGAUGGAAAAAAGAAAGGGGGUAGAGGAAACCACAGGGCUAAAAAUAAGUCAAAGGAAACAUUUUUGGGUUCAGUUAAGGAAACAUUUGAUGCCAUGAAGAAUUCUACCAAGGAGUUUGUGAGGCAUCAUAAAGAAAAAAUUAAGCAGGCUAAAGAAGCUGUGAAGGAAAAUUUGAAAAAAUUCUCAGAUUCAGUUAAAUCUACCUUUAGACAUUUUAAAGAUACCACCAAGAAUAUCUUCGAUGAAAAGGGUAAUAAAAGAUAUGGUGCUACAAAAGAAGCUGCAGCUGAAAAAUCAAGAACAACUUUUAGUGACUAUUUACAUCCAGAGUACAAAGCACCUACACAGAACCAGAAUUGUAGAGGCCCUACUAGGCAAAGAGAUGGAAGGAAAGAAAAGCCAGUUCACUUUGAAGAAUUCAGAAAAAAUACAAAUUCACAGAAAGGCACUGCUGAGCAUGACUGUAGGGAAAGUUAUCCUUUUAGAAAGGCUUGUUCCGGUGUAUUUGAAUGUGCUCGACAAGAAUCCAUGAGCCUUUUUAAUACAGUGGUGAAUCCUAUAAGGAUAGAUGAAUUUAGACAGUUAAUUCAAAGGUACUUAUUAAAAGAGCUGGAUGCUUUUCAUCAUUGGAAAGAACUUGAUCAUUUUAUCAAUAAUUUUUUCCUAAAUGGUAUCUUUAUACAUGAUCAGAAGCUCUUCACUGACUUUGUUAAUGAUGUUAAAGAUUAUCUUAAAGACAUGAAGGAAUAUCAAGUAGAUAAUGAUGGAGUGUUUGAGAAGUUGGAUGAAUAUAUAUAUAGACACUUCUUUGGUCAAACUUUUCCCCCUCCAUAUGGACCCAGUCGACCUGAUAAAAAGCAACGUAUGGUAAAUAUUGAAAACGCCAGGCAUCGAAAACAAGAACAGAAGCAUCUUCAGCCACAGCCUUAUAAAAGGGAAGGUAAAUGGCAUAAAUAUGGUCGCACUAAUGGAAGAUACAUGGCAAAUCUUGAAAUAGAAUUGGGGCAAUUACCUUUUGAUCCUAAAUAUUGAUUCAUGAUUAAGUUAAAUUAGACAACUGUAAGAAACAUAGAUGCUUUCUACAAUGUUUGGUGUUGAAACUAAGAUGAAAUUAUCAAGAUGACAAUGUCUUUUUUCCUUCAUUUUAAAGUAUCAGUUUGACGACUUUAUAUUAUUACUCAGAAGCAUCAAUCAAAAGCCUACUAACUGCAUUUUCCUGUAGUUUAGCUUUGUUGAAUUUUUUUUAGAACUGGAAAUGUUCAAUAGUAGUUUUAUUAAGGAAGCCAGGCAUGCAACAGAUUUUGUGCAUGAAAUGAGACUUCCUUUCUAUGUAUGAGCUUAAAGUAAGCUCCAAUCAUACAUGACAAAGUGUAAUAACAUUGAUGUUUGUGUUAAGUUUACAGUAGAGCUUGAAAAAAGUACAUUGUGAUGGAAUUUCAUCUUUAACAUUUUAUAAUCUUAUAUUUGCUUCUUGUCUUUUUGUGGGUUCAAGAGCCCGUUGACUUGUGAAGAAUUUGCUGCCCUCUUUUGAGCUUGCUGACUUGUUCUCUUGUGAAAUUUCUUGCACAUCUGAAUAUUGUGGAAGAAACAAUAAAACUACUCCAUGAGGAAAACUAAAGGUCUUUAUUUAAAAUCUGGCAUUGUAUUAAUAUAUGGUUUUAUACUAUGUGAUAUUUUAUUUCCUCAGUAGUGAUAUUUGGUAAAGCAGUUCAUAGUGUUUUCUUCCAAGUUCCAUGAAUCUUACCCAGUGUUUACUGAAGUAUUGAAGCAGUAGCUGAAUAUUUCCAUCCAGCAAUGUCAGUUUCUCUAGGAAAGAUCUAAACACAGUUCAGAAUUUCAUCUUCAGUUGAAUUUCCCUUUUAACUUCCGUUCAUAGACAUAUAUAUGACUUCCAAUUCGACCCUCCGGCAAGUGAGUGUGGAAGAAAACAGCAGUUCUCUCAUAAUUGCUUGAAAUUAGGAAAGCGCUUAUUUCCUAGAAGUAAAUAAAUGUUUAAAUAAAAUAAAGGCUACAUUUUGCUGAG